GCGUGGAGCGCUGGAGGGCGGGCUUCUCCGCCAGCCUCGCAGCUCCCGGAGCGCGCUGGCCUCCUGAGCGGGGUGCAGAGCGAGCACUCCGGAACCCGUAGCUGGCCGUCGCUUGCCCUCCUGCCCUGGGAGGCUGCCGGGUUCCUGGAGAGCGCAUCCAGCCAUGGAGCCUUUGCACAAAGACGCCGAGACGGCAGCGGCGGCAGUAGCAGCCGCAGAUCCCCGGGGGGCGUCGUCGUCUAGCGGGGUGGUCGUGCAGGUUCGCGAGAAGAAGGGCCCCCUGCGCGCCGCCAUCCCCUACAUGCCCUUCCCUGUGGCUGUCAUCUGUCUCUUCCUCAACACUUUCGUGCCAGGAUUGGGUACAUUCGUCUCGGCCUUCACCGUGCUGUGCGGGGCACGCACUGACCUCCCAGACAGGCAUGUGUGCUGCGUCUUCUGGCUGAAUAUCGCUGCGGCUCUCAUUCAGGUGCUCACGGCCAUAGUUAUGGUGGGCUGGAUCAUGAGCAUCUUCUGGGGCAUGGACAUGGUCAUCCUCGCCAGGUACAAGGAUCAGGGUAUCCCACAGCAACUGUGAGCCUACAGGACCUGCGGGGCAAGUCCAGGGUCCCAUCAGGGCCGUACCAGGUGGCUCCGGGGACAAGGACCUCCACAUGUUCUCUUUUGCCAUUUCUCAGAUUGGAGUGGAAAGGGAGUAUUUAAAAAAUAUAUUAUUUAUUUAGAAAAACACACCUGCUCCUCUCAGCAGGCUCCAUGGCCAACUUCUCUCCCUGUUCCAGAGGUGCAUGGGAGGAACAGGCCCAGAACGUCAGGACUGGGCUAGAGGCGGGAUAUUGAUCAAGUGCUAGGGAUGCCGGGUGUGCUUAGCCAACUGCCCACUGAACAGGCACCUAGGCCUGUCAGGCUGGGCUGCUGUAGGCCCUGUGCUGGUGAUCAGGCACUCUCCCAGGCAUCAGGACUUCAUGGACCACUUCCUCUCGGUCCUCACCCCCUGCUCAACCAUGUGGCUCCCUGUAUCUGCUCUGCACUCUCCCAGGGGGCAGGACCAGGGUGGGGAUUGCGAGGUGGCCAGGUGAUAGCCCAGUGUGGAAAGGUACUUGGGUCCCCACAGGUGUCU